AUGACUUCCUACGUCUUGUUGUUGUCACUUCUUCACGUCGCCACCGCUUGUGACAAGGUUUACCAUCUAUCUGCCCAGCAGUGGAAUGGAAGUGUAUCCUCAGAACUACAAUCGGUUCAAGGUGGACUAGGCGCUUUCGACCAACAAAAGAUCCUACCUUAUCCUAAUAGUACAAGUUUUGACUGGUGGUACUUUGAUGCGUUAUCGACUUCUUCGGACAAUGAGUCUAUUGUUAUUAAUUUCCUAGAGGCCGGAGACUAUGCUGUGACACCGCAAAUAAGUGGCAGUCUGAUCAUCUCGAUCGUAGGAACAUUCGAGAAUGGAACAAGCUACUCAUAUGGUGGACUCGCAUUAUAUGGGGCGAACAUCACUACGAAUGAUGAGAGUAUUACGAGCCAAUGGAAGGGACCCGGCAUGAAUAUGGCUUUCGAGGGGUAUCUAGACCUAAAAUAUAACAGGAUAUCUUAUAACGUGACGCUCGAUUACCCUGCUGUGGGAAUUUCCGGUUCGCUGCUAUUACUUGCCAGAGCUCCCCCACGAUAUCCUUGCGAUCCUAACGUCCCCGGUGUAACGGAAGAAGUUUCCCCUGGCUUGGGUUGGGCCAAUGUGGUUCCUGAUGCCGAUGCUACACUAGACUUGACUAUAGGAGGAGAGCACAUACGGUUUACCGGAAAUGGGUACCAUGAUAAAAACUGGGCUGACCGCCCGUUUACGGAACUACUGGAUUUCUGGUACUGGGGACGUGCCCGCGUAGGUCCUUAUUCUUUAGUCUGGUUUGAUCUGAAAGCGCCAGAUGGGGGACAUCACCAGUCAGGAUAUAUAUCGAAUGACGGUGAGGAUAUUUCUAUCAGCUGCACAGAUGCUUCGGCAAAAGCCAUUCCAUGGGGCAAUAACAGCGAAUACCCUCCUAAGCCAAUUACCGGUCCACCAGAAGGUAUUAUCGUCUCAUUCGAUAUGGGCGAGAAGGGUACUUUCGUUGCCAACAUCACCACUCAGCUACUGUUGGCAGACUUCCACACCUACCAAAGAUAUAUAGGUCCAGCGACCGGUGGAUUUAAGGAUGGAGAGACCUUUACUGGGAAAGCUUUAUAUGAAAUAAUGCAUCUGGCCUAA